AUGUCGCUCUUGAAGAAACUCGAGGUCCCCCACGAGGGCGGCACCAUCCCUGAUCCAUGGAUCAACAACGAUAUCAAGCCUGUCGAAACAGCGCGACGCAAAUGGGGGUUUUGGACGUUCAAUAACUACUGGGUGCUCAUCAAUUGCAACAUCUCAACCUACAUGACCGGAAGCUCGUUGAUUCCCUUGGGUCUAUCCUGGUGGCAAGCCGUUAUCGCCAUUGUCGUGGGAAACGUCCUCGCCUCUGUUUUUAUUGUUCUGAAUUCGCUUCCGGGUGCAUACUAUCACUUGGGAUUCCCUGUAGCAAAUAGAUAUGUUUGGGGAAUGUGGGGAUCGCAAUGGGUUGUUUGGAACAGAAUCUUCCUGUCAAUCAUCUGGUAUUCCUUCCAGGCCUGGGUCGGUGGUGAAUGUGUGUACGUCUGUUUACAGGCCAUCUGGCCCUCGCUUGAAGAUCGAAUCCCAAACCAUAUGCCCGCGUCAACCGGUAUGACCACAGCCGAGUUCGUGGCGUAUAUUAUAUUCAUGGUCAUCUCGCUACCUUUCGUCUAUGUGCGACCACACAAUCUGCAGCAGCUGUUCUAUAUCUCUGCCACUAUAGUGCUCGUCUUCGAGAUAGUCUUGCUCAUCUGGUCACUUGCCACCAUGGGGAGCAGCGGGUUUGGAGCUACCAUGUCAUCUACAACAACCUCAUCCGGCUGGAUGAUCGCCUACGGCAUCAUCAGCACUAUCGGCAGCAUUGCUGCUGGUAUUUUGAACCAGACCGACUAUGCACGUUUUGCGCGGAGACCGCGCGAUGCUAUUUACGGGCAGAUUAUUAGCGCUGCACUCUGUGCUAUCGCGUCCAGCGUCAUCGGCAUCCUUGUCACUGCGGCCACGCAGAACCGCUACGGCGAAGCAUUGUGGAAUCUGCCCAAUCUCCUAAGUGCUGUUAUCGAAACCGGUGGUUCUCGCUCGCGUGCUGCGGCCUUUUUCGGGGGAGUGGCUCUUAUAGUUUCACAGAUUGGCGUUAAUGUGCCUGGAUUCGACUUCGCAGCGAUCUGGCCGAAAUACAUCAAUAUACGUCGUGGAGCCUACCUAACAGUCCUCAUAUCUAUCGCCGCCAAUCCUUGGAAGCUAGUGAACACCGCAACAACAUUCAUAACUGUGUUGAGCAGCUAUUCCGUCUUCGUAGGACCCAUGGUUGGGCUCAUGAUCUCUUCAUACCUUAUCGUCAACCAAGUCAAGAUCAAGGUGCCGGACCUGUUUGUUGGAAAUACAGACAGCAUCUAUUGGUAUACUUAUGGAGUCAACUGGCGAGCAGUAGCAGCGUGGAUUUGUGGAGUUGUCCCUUCUCUACCUGGUUUCGUUGCGUACGUGAACCCAAACGUCUCGGUUCCAGUCGGAUUGACACAUCUGUACUACAUUUGCUUCUUGAGCGGAAUGUCCAUCAGCGGUGCUGUAUAUGUUGCUCUGCACUAUGCUGUACCCGACAAACGACUCCAAGCUUUCGUCAACUCUGCACCUCCAGCCCGGCAACUGAUGGCGGAGUAUCGGGAGAUGUACGAUGAUCCGGAUGAGGUGUCUAAUGUGGAAGUAGCACAGGGAAAGGUGGAUAUCUGA